AUGCAGUCGCCUUCUACUAUUUCGUCUGUUAGUGCAUCAACCUUGUUUAUAUUUGGACUUGUUAAUCUGAAUAAUGCUAGUAAUACUAAAAUCGUUUCGGGAACUCGUGUGUUGAUCUUUGAUGAUGGGUUUUGUAUUAUUUUGAAUGGUAUGAUAUGUUGGUUUGGUAGUUUUGUGACGGUUUGCAAUAUCAAGUACUGCAUUAGCGCUAUACUUGCCGGAAAAUGGCUUAUGGUGGAGAAUGGAAAUGGGAAUUCUGGUAUGGAUCUUUCAUUUCUGGGCGUAGUGCUUACUAUCUUGCAUUAUCAAUGGAUAAUAAUGGGUGCUGGAAUUCCAACUCUCUUAGACAAGCUGAACAUAGGUUUGGCAAAACGGUUCCCUAGCUCCUCUGUUGAGCCAGUCUUCAAGUGCAGAGUCUGGCAUGAAGAGUUUAUUAGUUUGGGAACAAAAACAAAAGUCGUCAAGCGUCCCCAAGGACCCCAACUGCUAAGCAGUUACAGCAGCCAGCAAGAAAAUGAGUUUCUCACCGAAAUUUGGAGUGGCAGAGCAGAUAUUAAUGCAAUCAGGUAUUGCGGUGGAUUGGCUGAUGAUAUGGCUUACAGAAAAGUCGUUGUGGAACCAGAUAAUCAGCUGGUUUAA